AUGUCUGACGCGUGCUCACCGGCUGACCCGAGUCGACCAGAUGGUGUAGAGUUUGAAAUCGUAUCGUCCGAAGGCACUGAUCUUUCUUCGACUUCCAAGGGGCAAGAACCAACUCCCAAAGACCAAGGCGCUCCAGGCAGUUGGGCGCGACCUUACCUAACUACCAUGAUGCAAUUAGCGACACCACGAAUUCGGUAUUUGACACUUCCGACAUUCCCGUCUUGGAAGCGAUGGAUGGAGCAGAUGAGGGCAAAACAGCCAGCGAAAACCCCGGAAGGAGGUCUUAGCAUCUUUGGAAAUCUUACGCGUUUAGUUUACAACCCUCGUGUCGCUGACAACAAGUGUCGAGUCAAGGUCGCAGGUUGCCCUCUUAUCUUGCUUAACGGCAGCUUUAUUGUGGGAAAGUCGGCUGUGGCUCGCGAUCUGGCCUACAUACUUGGCAACCGAUAUAAGGCCCGUAUGGCAAGGAGUGGUAGACGACUCGCGAGGCCAGCUGAGAGUGCGACGGAAACUCAGACGGACGGCUGCACUGUGGUGCUUCAUAUGAACGAGAUUUAUAAUACAACAGUCAACGGGAUCCCCAAACCAAGCGUCAGGAGAAUUGCGGGCAAUGUCAUAUUUAAAACCAACACCAACACUGACAAGAGCUGCGAGCAUCAGGCCUUGUGGCCUAGCACUGAAACCAAAGCCGAGUUCCUGGAGAAGAUGCGGACGAUCCGAAACCAGGCCCUUUUGGAUCAUGUAAUUUCUGAAAAUCAUGAGAACAAGACAGUCAUCAUCAGCGAUUGCCUGCUCUUCUCAAAAGAAAGCGCGGAAACGGUGCAGCAUUAUAGAGGCGCCGCCUGCGCUUCGGGUCGGCCAUUUGUCCAUAUUUAUUUGACAUGCUCCUUGGACCAGCACAUGGACCGGCUUCAUCGCCGGGCUAUGGGCCGUGUUAUAAGACCCAAACCCGAGAAAUUGUGGGAAAAUAGGAAGGAUAAGGGCAAAGGCAAGGAGAGAGAAUUAGUGGAUGAGACGCCGGACAGGUUUCCGAACGAGCUGCUGGUGAGGCUGCGAACGAGAAUUGAGGCAAUGGACGCAGAGGAAAACAAGUGGUUGCCAGUCCUAUUUCCAGCCCAUCGCCGCAAAACGAGCGUGGGUUCGUCUUCUACCUCGGUGCCCAAUUUUCAGUUCAGGGGGCUUCAUGUCGACACGACAAUGACGACGGCCCUGGAGACGGCUGCCGUUAUCGCCGGCUACCUAGAGGACAUGCGUCAAGGCGUGAAAUGCGACGACUUGCAAGACGAGGAUGCGAUCGAUGGUGUUGGCUAUGCCAGUAUGAAGGCCAUCGACGCCGAGACAAUUAGGGGCGGCGUGCACAACCAAGACAUCCGCUUUUGA